AGAGGUGGUAGGUCCGGGCGCGGCCGCGGCGAGUGACAUCGUUUACCAACCCGCCCGCCACCGCGACCACCUUGAGGAGAACCACCAUGUUCCGGAUGCUAAGCAGCAGCUUUGAGGAGGACCCUUUCUUCUCUGAUUCUUUUAUGGCACACCGAGAAAGUAUGCGACAAAUGAUGAGAAGUUUUUCUGAACCUUUUGGAAGAGACUUGUACAGCAUCUCAGAUGGCACAAGAGCUCACCAUCCUAGAGGACAUGAUGAUGGUGAAAAUUCCUUGACUGCAAUGAGUAAUUCUCUUGUGCCCUUUGGCAGUUUUGGUGGCAUGCGUACAGAUGUCAGCCCUUUUCAGGCAAUGGACCGAAUGAUGCUCAAUAUGCGAAAUGGUAUUCAGGAGUUACAAAGGAACUUUGGUCAGCUUUCAAUGGAUCCAAGUGGACAUUCAUUUUGUUCCUCCUCGGUUAUGACCUAUUCCAAAGUAGGCGAUGAACCACCAAAGGUUUUCCAGGCUUCAACUCAGACUCGCAGGGCUCCGGGAGGUAUAAAAGAAACCAGGAGAACUUUGAGAGACUCUGACAGUGGAUUAGAAAAAAUGGCUGUUGGUCAUCAUAUCCAUGAUCGAGCUCAUGUCAUUAAGAAGUCAAAGAACAAGAAGACUGGAGAUGAAGAGGUUAAUCAGGAAUUCCUCAACAUGAAUGAAAAUGAUGCUCAUGCUUUUGAUGAUGAGUGGCAAAAUGAGGUUUUGAAAUACAGACCGGGGGGCAGAUGGCAUCAUCUCGAAAGCCCUAGGAUGCCAAGUGUUGGUCAUGACAAUUCAGGAUUCCAAGAGCUUAAAAGAAGGGAGAAACCUCGCCGAAGUCCAGCCAUUGAAGGUAGAAGAAGAUCCGACGUCUUUGUGGACAAACUCAGCAUCAAAGGAUCACCUGUGCAAAUCAGCAAAAAAUAAAUCCCCUGCAUUGAA